AGUCCGGAGCGGUUGGUUUCAUUCAGGUUCCUCACUUCCUGGUUGUGAGGUGAGAGAGCAGCUGAAUUAUUAACCGACGGUCAGAGGCAGAGCUGAGACGCUGAGCGUGAGCUGCUGGCCAUGGACCUGCUGCUGUCCGCCCUGAAGGCCGUGGACCCGGCCGCCGUGGAGCAGGAGUACCAGGUGGUGCGUUCCCAGUCGCUCCAGUUAAAGAAACGUCACGGUUUGACCACAGAGGUUGGAUCCCUAAAGGACAACGCCAAGAAGAACCGAUACAAGGACAUCCUACCAUAUGAUCAGACCCGGGUGGUUCUGUCUCUGCAGACUUCAGGCUCUGACUCCGACUACAUCAACGCCAGCUUCGUCCAGGGGGCGUCAGGUGACUGCAGAUACAUCGCCUCCCAGGCGCCCCUCAGUUCCACUCUGACCGACUUCUGGAGGAUGAUCUGGCAGCACAAAAUCAAGGUGAUAGUCAUGGCCUGCAGGGAGGUCGAGAUGGGAAAGAGGAAAUGUGAGUGCUACUGGGCAGCUCCUCAUCAGUCUGCGGCGUUUGGACCUUUCACCGUCACCACGCAGGUGGAGUCGCGGCCCAACCAGGACGUGGUGGUGCGAACCCUGGUGGUCUGCUACCAGCAGGUAGGCGCUCACCUUGCUGGACCCCGUCAGGACACCUUCCUCGCUCCUCUUCCUCUCCCGCAGGACGUCCACUCGCUGGUCCAGUUCCAGUACCUGUCCUGGCCGGACCACGACGUCCCCUAUGAGACAGCCGGGAUUCUGGACCUGCUGGACCGAGCCAGGAGCAGCCAAGGAGCCGAAAGCUCACCUGUCCUGGUCCACUGCAGUGCUGGCUGUGGGAGGACAGGAGUCGUCUGCGCUCUGGACUACAUCCACGACCUUCUGGUUACCAAGGCUUCAUCGGUGAUGUCCUCGUCCCUCCUGCAGAAGAUCACCGAGGACUUCAGCGUCCUGGACCUCGUCCUGGAGCUGCGGAGACAGAGACCCUCGGCGGUCCAGACCAAGGUAGGACUCCACGUCCAGCAGAAGACGGUUCUGGUCAGCAGCAGGACGAGAACGUCCGGUUCCGUGAUGCGGACCCGUCUUCCGGUGUCCCAAACAGCACAGGGACGUCUUUGUCCCAUUCAGGUCUCGGUUGUCUCCAGCUGUCUCUCCUGGGACAGUGGGGUCUGGGAAUUGGACCGGGCCAUGACAGCCCCUCCACCGGGUGGAGCAGAGAGACUCUCUGACUGCGGUUGUGCUUCCAGGACCAGUACGGCUUCAUCUUCAGCGCCGCCGCCAGCAUGUUGGAGCGCUUCCUGCCUGGGGACCGUCUCUACGGCAACCUGCCGCAGAAAGAGGAAGUGGUGCGCUGACUUCCUGUAUGAAAACUAGAGCUGCAGCUUGACGAUAAGCGGCUGAGAUCACAGACAGAAGCGAGACCAGGAGGACGGCGGCUGAUCGGUGGGAUCUGCUCUCCGCUGGUCGCUUCCUGACUGAGGCAGGUCGCUGCGCUCGCUCAGCCAGGCUCCCCUUCGCUCGACCCGUCAGCUGAUCAGGGUUGAAUAUCUUCUCCUUCUGCGUUCAGACAGAAAACUCUGAAAGCCGUGUGGCCUUCGCGCCGUUCGGUCUGAUAGGCAAAGGU